AUGGAUAUGUCGACGAAGCCCGUGUUUUCCUUCUCCCUCAACUACAAGGUGUUCGAGAAGCUGGUAACAUGCGGGAAGUACGACGGGAUCCAUUCCUGUCUGACCAUGGUCACGACGGCGGAUAAGAUCCUUAUCCACACGCCGCACAAACGCUACGGGCUGCAAAACUCAAAGCUCUCGAUUUCGGAAAUCAAAAACGACAUCGCGCUGCUCAACAUGAACUUUCCGAUCCGGGCGAUCGUGGCAGGACGGCUGAAGAAGGACGACGAGCGUGACAUUCUCGUGAUUGGCAGUCCUUCACAUGUGCUGGCUUACCACGUGGAUGAGAAUUGCAAUUUGUUUCAGCGCGAUUUCCACGAGGGUGUACGAUCGGCCGUGAUCGGGUCGUAUAGUAGCCAUCCGGGUAAUACGCUGAUCGUCGGAGGCAAUGCCGUCGUGCGAGGGUACAAUCAGGACGGCACCGAGGUGUUAUGGUUGAUAACGGCUGGCAGCGUUAUAGCCCUGCUGCUAAUCGAUAUCGAUAAGGACGGCCAAAAUGAGCUCAUUAUCGGCACGGAUGAUGGAUGCAUGCGGAUCUUCAAAAAGGAAACACUGCUGCAUGAGUUCACGGAAGGGAACGAGAUCCAGAACCUGGCCGCUUUGCGACCCGGUCAAUUCAUGUACAGCGUAAAGAACGGUACGAUCGGCGUGUUCGAGGAGAACGUCCGCGUGUGGCGCAUCAAGUCAAAGGCACGUGCUACCGCUCUGGCCACGUACGAUAUCCUUGGUUGUGAGUCACGCCAGAUGAUCGUCGGUUGGAAAAGCGGCAAGAUCGAUGUUCGAGAUCCACGCACGGGUGAUGUUUGGUUUCGUAUGCGAACGAACGAUUUUGUGUGUGGGAUCGCCUGCAAUGACUACCGUGGUAUCGGAAUGCUCGAUCUCGUCGUCGUGACGGCGGAUGGUGAAAUACGCGGUUACACGACCCCAACGGUAAACAUGCUGACGCUGCACAACGUGGCCGACGAGGAGAUGAGCGCGCUGCUGACACAAAAACAGAAGCUACUGCUCGAGCUGAAGCACUACGAGAACAACAUCAAGUACAAUCGAGAGAUUUUGAGUGGUUCGAACGAGGGUAACCUAGUGCAGAGUGUACCGGACAAUGUCGGGAUCAUACCGUCCAGCACGCGGCUUCAAAUCGGCAUCUCGACGAGCUACGAUAGCCAUGACAUGAACAUCGACAUCACCGUUUCGACGAACAACUCGACAACGAUCCGGGCGGUGUUGAUCUUCGCCGAUCAGCUGUUCAAGGAGGAGACGCUGAUCGCGCACCUGACGAAGGACGUCUCGCGCAUCCUGAUACCGUUGAAAACGCUUAAGGAUAAUGCGCAGGACAUUCACAUCAAGGCGUUCGUGGGGUACCCGAGUAGCGUGCAGUUUCACGUGUUCGAACUCACACGCCAGCUGCCGAAGUUUGCGAUGUAUACGAUACCGCACAAUCUGACCGGUUCGCCGAAGAGCAUUGCCUACAUCAACACCCUCCCAGCGAAGGAUAGUCCGGGGAGUUGUUACGUCGAGUUUCGAAUCUCCGAACGGCUCAAGCGAAUCUGCAUCUGGGUCAACCAGAAUUUCCUGCUACCGUCUGACAUCGAGUACGUGACAUCAGACGCUGACGCAACGGAGCUAAAGCUGAACCUGAUCAGCCUCCGUACGGCGAAAAGCGUGUGCCUGCACUUCAGCUACGACGGCACGACCCGGUUCUACACCGAGGACAUCGGUCUGGCCGGUGACCUCGUGCAAUCGCUGGUGCAGUUUCUCAACGUAGACAACAUGAACUCCACGGCGUGCUUCCCGGUUGUGCAUGAGGAGUUGCGAGAGCUGUUUCAGAAACUCCAAGGACUGCAGGACACGGAAAAGCAGAUCGGUUCGGAGAUCGUGGAACACAUCAACCAGAUCAAGAGCCACCUGAUCCGGGCGGAGGACGCCCGGUACUACAAUGGCGAAGACGUCAUCAAGUAUCACAAUGAAAUGAUGGCCACAAACGAAGACAUGGUGAAGAGCUACAAAAUACGGCUGGUCAACACGAAUGAAAUCCAGCUGGCACUGAGGCGCAUCCACGGCAUCCUGUACAACGCGUCGAGAUUGCGAGCCGGUACAUUCGCGACGGCCAUGAUCGGUAGGUUCAAGGAAGCGCUUAAGACGAACAACAUCGACGCGGUGCUGAAAAUCAUCGAGAUGGGCGAAAUGUAGAGAUAAAGGGGGCAGACAUAGGACGCCACUCGCUAACAAACGCUAAUUGAAUCAAUUGGACUUGGGACACCCGUCAUCCGCGCGACCAAACUGCAACCGAUGGACGGUGGGGGUUCUCACUCGCACGAUAAAAUGCAGCUCGAUCAAGAUCAUUUAUCGACGGAACGAUCGACAUCGAUAUCUGGAAAGUGAGUACCAUUUUAGGCCUACACUACGAUGAAUUCGGAUUUUCAAAAUCCCAUCAUCAGUCGGUUUGGGUCUCAAAUAAGGAAAGGACUACGACUUUCUGGACUGCGACACAUCGCCUACGCCUAGUCGGAGUCAUCGUCCUACGCGUCGUUCAGCGUGAAUGGAGCGAAUAAAUCAGCGUCUCUCUCGGCAUGUUCCGUUCGUUCGCCACAAACCUCCCGC